GCAUUCUUUAAUCUCCAGUCUUACCUCCAGGCGCAAGUCCUCGUCCUGACCAUAUUAGAACUACUCCCUAUAAGUAGGGAAUUGGUUGGUUUUUGUGACAUCAGUCAGCUGUGUUGUGUUCAUUUUUCUACAUUUGCGUAUUACCAGCAACACUGAAGAUUCGACAAUGGCUGAAGAAAGGACAAAUAAAGUGGCGCUGGCCAAGCUGUGGGAACAAACAGAGCGGUGGCACGACAUGGCGCUGUGCAUGAAGGAGGUAGUGGAGAUGGGCGGGAUACUACAGCAAGAGGAGAGGAACCUUCUGUCCGUGGCCUACAAGAACAAGGCGAGCUCCCGGAGGUGCACCUGGCGGAUCGUCUCAUCCGCCGAGCAGAAUGCACCCGACGGCUCGUACGACCGACAGGCGGCGACGUGGUUACGGGAGAAGGUGGAGACCGAGUUGAAGGAGAUGUGUGACGAAGUCUUGGCGCUACUCGACAAUUUCCUCAUCCCCCGUGCCGACAAGGAGUUGGAGGAUGAGCACGAUGAGGAGAGUCGCGAGAAGGUCGCGGAGAGCUACGUUUUCUACCGUAAGAUGAAGGGAGACUACCACCGGUACCAGGCGGAAAUCAGUGAGGGCGAAGAGAAAGAGGGUGUGGUGAAGGAUGCCCAGGAGUCCUACGGGGAAGCGCUCAAGAAGGCAGCUGAGGAGCUGAAGCCAACACACCCCAUACGGCUGGGUGUGGCGCUGAACUUCUCAGUGUUCCACUACGAGGUCACGAAGAACACCGAAGAAGCGUGUCGGCUGACGAAGGAUGCGUUCGACGCCGCAAUAUCGGAGCUGGACACCUUAAACGACGCCUCAUACAAAGACAGCACCAUCAUCAUGCACAUGCUCAGGGAUAACCUUACGGUUUGGACGAGCGAGAAUGAAGAACAAGGAGAGGACUAAGUUGCCCCCUCCCCUAUAGCAUUUCACACAUGAGGGCCUGCAGGGGGUGCUUUUGGUAACGCUUAAAGGUACUGUAAAUUUCAGGAGAUCCGGUAACGCUUUACAGUAAAUUCAGGAGGUACAGUAACGCUUAACGGUAACGCUUAACAGUAAAUUCAGGAGGCACAGUAACGCUUAACGGUAAAUUCAGACGAUCCGGUAAAGCUUAACGGUAAAUUCAGGCGGCACAGUAACGCUUAACGUUAAUUCAAGAGACCUGCUAACGCUUAACGUUGAAUAAGAGCGGGUCGGUAACGAUUGACGGUGAAUCAAAAUGGCUCAUAACGCUUAACGGAAAAAGGCAUGCAGUCCCUUACA